UAUCCACAGCCUAAUAACAAAUAUAAACAUAUAUCUCUAACCGAGAUCAGGUAGACAUAGACUUACAUCCUACUAUAGAACAACAUCAACCCAGCCUACUAUCCCCCUUGUUCAACACAUUACAUGCAUUCAGAUAGAGUAACAAACCAAUGGAGAUGGCUAAUACUUUAAUGAGAUCAUCUUCAAUGUCAAAUGGGACAACCCAAACAUCGAGAACGUCCUCAUCCACAAUUAUGGCUGAUACCAGUUCGUCGAAAUCAUCAAUAACAACCUGUACCCCAGUGCCAACCAAACCAUACAACAAUAUCAACAGCUACCCAGUCUCAGUGGUACCCACCCCUUCUACAACACCAGUACAGGCUUGUCCUCCACUUGACGAAUUGGUCAAUGAUUGUUUUCUUGACUCAAUAGGUCAAUUGGAAGAUCCAGUUAAAGUAGCAUUUGUCAAGAAAUUUAAUGAUUACUUGAUCAAACAACACUGUCAAGAAAACCUUCAUUUCCUAAUCGAUAUCUUCAAUUAUGAACUUUAUUACAAUAAGAUCUUCCCUGAUUCAAACACAUACAAUGCUGAUAAGGAAAGGUUGAAUAGUGCCCCCAAUGCCAGUUUAUUAGGCUACAUCACCAGCAACACUUCAUCCGUUGAUUCUUUACUUAAAGUUAAACGAGACUCAAUAUCCACCACCAUUUCCAAAAGAUAUUCAAUUACCUCCACUGACGACUUGGAUCCUCAAGAAAUGUUUGUAUCUACCAUCGAUGAUUUGGAUGCUAAUGAAUACGCCCAAUUCAAUGUAAAUAUAUGGGAAGAAUUUGGACAACGUCAAAUCGAAGACGAAGAUGAUGAAGACAGUAGUCAGUAUGUCGGAGAUGAUGCUACAUUCACCGAAGACGAAGAAGUCGAGGCAUUGAAUAGUAGAUGGCACUAUAUCAUGCAUACUUAUAUCAAACACGAAUCAAUUCAACAAAUCAACAUUUCCCAAAAAUUAUUUAAAGAAAUCGUGGAAGAAUCUUCCCACUCCGGUGUUCAUAACCCAUUAACAUUAAUCAAAGCAAGAAACGAAACCCUUCGUAUGCUUAAGGAAAAUGGCUACUUAUCAUUUGUAAGUCAUUGUAAAAGAGAACGUGCUAGUAGUAACCAACCAAGUCCAACCGUUAGCACUUUACCUAAUUCACCAAGUUCAUUGAGUUUAGAAGGAUCUCCUGGAAACACCAUUGCAAAGCCAAAGUCUAUUCCAAGAGCAACUUCACCAUUACAAUCUAGCAUCAAUAACAGCAACAGCAGUUUAUCACAUAGUUCAUCAUUAAUUUCCAAACUUUCCAGCUUGCCCAAGAGAAACCGGGGACCUCUCUUUUCAUCCGCAUCUUCCGAUGAGUAUCAAGCACCAACUCCAUCAUCAAUCAACAACAUAUUAUCUCAUUUGAAACUCAGUGAAACCACCACUACCAACAAUAACAGUGUUGCUAGUACCAGCUCCAGAAAUGUUGAUAGUGCCUCUAGUAGUAAACGUCAAUCUAGAAGUACCACCCCCAAAAUUUCAUCAUCAAAUGGUACCAACUCACCAUCAUCAGGCAAGGAAGAUUCUUCUAGUUUGAGCUUCAAAUUUUGGUCAAGAAGGAAAUGAUCGGUGAUGAUUUAAUAUUUAUUGUAUUAUAUUUAUAGAGAUUUAUAGAGCUUCAAUAUACUAGUAAUUACAGGAUUAAUCAAAUAUUAUUUUGUAAUCAGCAUGGAAAUAAAAACACUAUUCCACAUUUCACGUACUUUAACAUGAUGAAAAAUUGGCACUUUUUUUUGUAGUUAGAGUGGCCCAUUCUCUAAAUGAAAUAGUUCAAUUAAUGGACGACUAGCAAAUAGCCACCACUACUAUAAUAAAGUUACUAUUUGAGAUGAAAAGAAAAAGAGAAAAGGUUUCACAAAGCUCAGUGGCGUUUAAGCCGUGUUCAGAGCAAAUAAAAUGAUAUUCUAUGGCGAUAAAGUGAGAACAUGUGUUACUAAUCCCAGAGGUUUAAGAGAAGAGGUCUUGGGUAAUAUUAGUUCCUGUCUGGUUUUAGUGUAAGAAACUUCGAUUCUUGAUAUCUUGUUGCCAGGAAAAGAACAACAGAAUUACAUAAUAUCUGAGAAAUGCUUUUGUACUUAUUCUCUAAAUACUAAUACACAUUAAUGAACAAAGAAGAAAUCCAAUCUUCUAGCACCUUCGUCGUUGGUUGUAUGACGAUAAGU